AUCGAUUUUACUUAAGUUUUGGUUACAAAUAGGUACAAAUCAGGUAUUUUAAAACUGAAGAACCGUUUUUACUCAUGUUUUGGUUAUAAAAUAUGUAAAAAUCAGGUACUUUUAAACCGAAAAACCGAUUGGGACACGAACCCGAAAGUAUAUUGGAUUGUGCCGGUUCUUUGAAGAUUUACUAACUCCGACCCGAACCCGGUAGAACCCAAAACGGUCCCAAACCGAACUUUCAUAUAAUCUGAAUGGGGCUGAUUUUGAUAAACCCGAAAAACCGAAACCCGUUUGGAUAAAACCGAAACCCGAUUGGGACCCCGAAUGCCCAUGCCUAUAUUUAUCUCUAUAGUUUACUAAAUAGUGGGGUUGAUUGGUUGAGAUGUAUCUUUAAAUUUGUGUUGUAAAAUUUUGGUUGUAUAAAUUUUGAUGUAGUUGUAUCUGCUGCAACAAUGCGUUUUUCCUAUGGCCUAUAAAAUAUUAUUUUAGGAAAUAGGGUUUUACAGCCGUUUCUAUUCUUGGAUGUAGCUUUAGAAAUUGAUAUAAAGUAUAAUUGGUAUUUUUAAAUAUUGUAGAUAAAAGUUAAAGCUAAAAUUAUCUACGGACUAAACAAUCAUCUUCGUAUACUUUAGAAGAAAGAUUGCUACAACCAUAUUUUAAAACCUUUUUACUUUUCUUUUUGGUCAACUAAAACCUUUUUUACUUUAACUUUCAAAACUAGGUGAAACAGGAUUAGUGAUUUUUAUGAUUAUAGGUAAAAACAUUAAAAUUAAAGAUAUAUGGUACAUCUUAACCAAUCGCCCUCUUUCCCUCCCUUCCCCAGGUCUUUAUAAAUGUGUUAUGGCCUUCUCCUUCUUCGCUGAACACACACCAGAGAAAGUAAUAUGAACAAUCAUCAAACGACGCAGGUGUUGAACCAACUAGAGCCAUGGUCUGAGCUUAAAGACAAAGUGGUUCUUCUGACAGGAGCUUCUUCUGGUAUUGGACGAGAGGUCUGUCUUGAUUUGGGCAAAGCCGGUUGUAAGAUUAUCGCAGCAGCUCGUCGCGUCGACCGUCUUGAAUCUCUCUGCUCUGAAAUCAACAGCUUAAGUUCAACCGGAAUAAUAUUAGCCGCACCGCUCGAGCUAGACGUUUCAUCAGACGCAGCCACCAUUCAGAAAGCGGUCAAACAAGCUUGGGACAUCUUUGGAAAGAUAGAUGUGUUGAUCAACAACGCUGGAAUCAGAGGCAAUGUCAAGACGUGUUUGCACUUGUCUGAAGACGAGUGGGACAGAGUCUUCAGAACCAACUUAACCGGAGCUUGGUUAGUAUCCAAAUACGUCUGCAGUUUAAUGAGGGACGCUAAAAGCGGUGGCUCGGUGAUAAACAUCUCGUCCAUCGCCGGUCUCCACCGCGGUAUGUUACCCGGUGGAGUCGCAUAUUCUUGUUCUAAAAGCGGUGUUGACAUCAUGACAAAGAUGAUGGCUAUUGAGUUAGGUGUGUACAAUAUAAGAGUGAACUCGAUCGCACCGGGGAUUCUUAAGUCAGAGAUCACUCAAGGUCUACUGCAAAAAGAGUGGCUUAAGAAAGUGACCGAGAGGACUACACCGUUAAAGGUGCAGCAGACCGUGGAUCCGGGAAUUACCUCGCUGGUUCGCUAUCUCAUUCAUGACUCUUCUCGAUAUGUCUCAGGAAAUAUAUACAUUCUUGACUCUGGAGGUACAAUACCUGGCCUGCCCAUUUUUUCUUGUCUUUGAGCCUCAAAUCUUGUGUGUUGUAAUAAAAACAAUGGUUGAGAUUAGGGCUGGGCAGAAGGCGAGUAUUCACUAUUUUGCGUGUACUUGCUACUUAACUUGCCUUAUACAAGUAAUAAAAUUUUCGACUUGUACUUGACUUGUUAAAAACGAAUACUUACCAGUUUGAAUA